AUGACUGUAUCAUACGAAGUUAAACCAUCUGAUGAAAUUACUGGGGCACCAGAAGUAGACUACUAUACCCCAGAACAACCAGUUCGUGCAGGUACUUUCUAUAGAGAAACCCCAGAUCAAGUUAUCCCAAAGAUUUUCCAACCUUUGAAAAUUGGUAAACUUACUUUACAAAACAGAAUCGGGGUUAGUCCAAUGUGUCAAUAUUCUGCAGAUGAAAACCUUGAGGCUACCCCUUACCAUUUGAUUCAUUACGGUGCAAUGGUUACACGUGGUCCUGGUAUUACUAUUGUGGAAAGUACAGCUGUUUCUCCUGAAGGUCCAUUAUCACCACAUGAUUUAGGUAUUUGGACAGAUGAACAAGCAAGAAAAUUGAAACCAAUUGUUGAUUAUGCUCAUUCUCAAAAACAAUUAAUUGCUAUUCAAAUCAAUCAUGGUGGUAGAAAAGCAUCUGGUCAACCACCAUUCUUACAUUUGGAACAAAUUGCUGAUGAAUCAGUUGGUGGAUUCCCAGAUAAACUCGUUGGUCCAUCACCAAUCCCAUUUAGACCAAACGGGAAUUUCCCAGCUCCAAAUGAAUUGACCAAAGAAGAAAUCAAGCGUAUUGUUAAUGACUUUGGUGAAGCUGCUAGAAGAGCAGUUGAAAUUAGUGGAUUCGAUGUUAUUGAAAUUCAUGGUGCCCAUGGUUAUCUUAUCAAUGAGUUCUAUAGUCCAAUUUCUAACAAGAGAGACGAUGAAUAUGGUGGUAGUUUUGAAAACAGAACCAGAUUCUUAAAAGAAGUCAUUGAUAGUGUCAAAUCCAAGAUCCCAAAGGAUACCCCAGUUUUUCUUAGAAUCUCAGCUGCAGAAAACAGUCCUGAUCCAGAAGCUUGGACCAUUGAAGAUUCCAAAAAAUUAGCUGAUAUCUUAAUUGAAAAGGGAAUUGAUUUAUUAGACGUUUCAUCUGGCGGUAAUGAUUAUAGACAAGCAGCAAGAUCUGGUAUUGCUAAAGAGAAAACAGAACCAAUUCACCUUCCAUUGUCACGUGCUAUCAAAGAACACGUUGGUGAUAAAUUGUUGGUUAGUUCCGUUGGUGGGUAUGAUCAUGAUGCGGAAGAAGAUAACCGAUACUUGGAAGAAGGUGUUUUUGAUUUGGUUUUGAUUGGCAGAGGAUUUUUAAGAGAUCCAGGUUUGGUUUGGAGUUUUGCCGAUAAAUUAAAUGUGAGACUACAUCAAGCUUUGCAAUUAGGUUGGGGGUUCUGGCCUAAUAAACAACAGAUUAUAGAUUUGGUUGAGAGAAGCUCACAGAAUUAG